CGUGGAAACCUACUGCGCCUCCAAUAUUGAAAUCAUGUGGAGUUGACCGGCUGUUCUCUCGUCAGAUCCCUCCCUAAUCCAACACACAAUCCAAUCAAUUUGAUGCCCCACCCUACAAGGCAUUGCGACACAGAAAAGUCCAAGUAGCUCUGACCGCACCGUGUCACAGACGCUACGCCGUCCUAAUGUCCCGUUCGAUGUCAUCUUCCCGUGGAGAUCGGACCAGAGAUCUGAGAACCUAGACAUGCGAGACCUUCAAGUCCGUGUCUCACAUGGGAUGCAUCGUCCGGCAAAUUGCAGAGAAAUGAAGGCUUCUCUCUCUCUCUCUCUCUCUCUCUCUGUCUCUCUCUUUCCUUCUCUGCCGUGGCGGUCUUUCCCCUUAGCGCAUCCGCUGGGCAGUGGAAGUUUACUGCUCCCGAUGCACGCCCACAAGAGACGCGACCCACCAACAGCAGGACAGCGUCCUGGGCAGCGGUACAAAGUGCGAUGCCUUCUCUUUACGAGGGUCACGUUAUUCCCAUGGGAAUGCGUCCCCCACUCUUCCUGUCUCUAUUAAAGGGACCGCAGAUGAUACGCCACAUAGGACCGGGCGACCGACUCAUCACGACUUCAAUACCCCGUCAAAUCGGAUUCCAUUUCGUCGAACAGUUGGCGCACGCUUUUAUCGUCUCUUACUGAUCCCAUGCUUUUGGUGUUGGCCUGGAUGUGGAUAGUCUUCCGCUCCCGUCGUCGCUGCGCGUUUGGCGAGGCAUCAGCAUCUCGUUCCCUUUCCCCCACAAAAGAAAUAUCACCUCGGUCGGUACUUUUCCCGAACACGUGACCGGCAAUAGCGGUCCGCGAGAGGGCAGAGCUACCAGGGCGGAGGAGGGUCUCCUCGCUGCAGCUUGCAUCGCGUCUCUCCGUCCACCGCGCUGGGUUUGACCGUCCGUUGCAGCAUUUACAUUUGCAGCGCUCGAGGACGCGAACGCCCCGCGCCGAGUCAUGUAGUCUUCCUUUUACCCUGCCCUCCACUGCACACGUGUCCACCUCCCACUCACCUCCGUCUCUGUCGAUACAUAUAGAGAAGCUUUCUAUAUAUAUGGCACGCCGAUACGCCUCUCACGCCAUUUCGCCCAACGCGCAUAGCAAUCGAUCUCGUCGUGGAGUGCCGAUGGCCGUGCAAGCGCACAACCCCUCCAACGCUUUCGGCAGCCGAUGAGCCGUCGACGCUUCUUCUCCCCUCUCUACCGUAUGAGAAAGAUUGGUCUUUGCUGCUCCUCACACACUCCCUCCUGCUACAUAGCAGAGCAAGGCAGAGUACGCUCGAUGACCUGCAGAUGAUGCGAGGCUACCGCGAUCCCCUGCAAUUCCAGAGCAACCUUGACCAAGGGCACGCCGGCAAGCAGCAGCUGAUGUUGAACAACGCCACGGUAUUCACCGAUCCGCAGAGUGAGCUCACGUGCAAUGCCUCCGGCUCCAGGAAGCGGGCGCGGGAGGAAUCCAUGCCGUCGCCUGUGCUCGCGCCUCAGUUCCGGGGCCCCAACUCAGCAACCGCUUCGCUGAACCCCGUCGGCGACAAGAACAUAUGCGGGGUUCUUCCCCAGUAUCGGCUGCUCGAGUCCUCUGCCACCUCCACCAGCGACCGGUUUGUUUCGGCUUCACAAGCCGUCUCCCCUCUCUUUCGUGAUCUCAUCUCCCUUAUCUACCAGCAGACCCUGGAAAUGGACGCCCUCGUCCGCUUGCAGAACGAAAGACUGCGGGCCGGACUGGAGGAGGCACGAAAAAGACACUGCCGAGUGUUCCUCUCGGCGAUGGAGCAGCAGGUCACGAAGCGAUUGAUGGAGAAGGAGGCCGAGUUGGAACGCGCCGUCCGGAGGAAUGCGGAGUUGGAGGAGAAGGUGCGGCAGAUGAGCGAAGAGAACCAGAUCUGGUUCAGCAUGGCCAAGAACAACGAGGCCGUCGUGAGCAGCCUGAAAGCCAGCUUGGGCCACGCCCUCCUCCAGAACGCCGCCGUGGCAGCCCGAGAAGGCUACGGCGACAGCAAGUCGACGCCUCUCGCGGCCGACGACGCGCACUCGUGCUGCUUCGAGGUGGAAGAAGACGACACCCGGCGGCGGAUGACGUGCAGGGCGUGCCGGGGGACGGACGCCUGCUUCCUGCUUCUCCCUUGCAGGCACGUCAGCCUGUGCAAGGACUGCGAGCCGGAGGCGAACGCGUGUCCCGUCUGCGGCUCCGCUAAGAACGCCUGCGUCCAAGUCCGAUUUGGUUCGUCUUAGCCUGAGUCUCCGGUUCAUCCUCCGGUCGGACUAGUGAACCGGCGAUGGAGUCAUCAAUUAUGUCCAUAUCCUCUCUUGUGAUGUAAACGGAGGAAGAAGCCUUCUCUCAGAUGACGAGUCAAAGAAGGCGACCCGUCAGCGUAGUCGGUGAGCCUCAAACACAUGAAAAGCUUGAAUUCUUCUUCUUCUUCUUCUUC